CUCUAAAAUAGUUUCGACUGAAUAAUCCCAAACCCGGAAGUUGGAUUUAUUUUUCAAUUCAAUCAAGAAUUUUCUGCAAAUAUUUACGAAAGAUGGCAGACGGCCGACUGGCACAGGAUUUGUCUACACCUGGAUUUGAUUCCGAACAUUAUGUGAGUCGAUUGUCUGAGGAAGGGGAGAUGCCUCUGUUAGAGAUGAAACAAAAAGUACAUAUCCUGUCAGAGAAGACAGCACAGGAACUGAAGAAAAAUGUCUACAAGAACUAUUCACAGUUUAUUGAAACAGCACGAGAAAUUUCAAUUCUUGAAGGAGAGAUGUAUCAAGUGAGCCACAUGUUAACAGAACAGAAACAGUUGAUGAACACAAUGUUAGAGAUGUCGCUGGUCAGUGAUAAAGCUGUGGUUGAAGAAGCUCCGAAGGAAGCUGAACCAGAGAACCCAGAGGAAGAAACACGCCGGAAUCUGGCCUUUCUGCUGGAGAAGGUAGAAGGAUGCUCGAGUGUAACCGAGGUUCCAGGGAGACAACUAAUACACAAUGGAGACUUGGCUGAUUUACACACAGAGUCAUUUGCUCAAGUGCAAAGAGUUCAUAUGUUCUUGUUGAAUGACAGCUUGAUGAUUGCCUCCUGGCUGCCUAAUAGGAGAGGACCAGUGCGAUAUAGAUUUCAAGGUUUAUAUGAAUUAGACAACCUCGCCAUUGUCAAUAUUCGAGAUGCUGGGCCAGUGAAAAAUGCCUUCAAAGUACUCAUGUUUCCUGACUCUAAGAUAUACCAGGCAGACAGUGCUAAAUCUAAGAGGCAGUGGCUUGACAUUUUGGAAGACACAAAGAAGAAAAAGUUAGCAAGAGACAAACAGAAGAAAGAGUCAGCUGCCAGACUUGCAGAGCAGCAGCAGACGUCAGUGACAAACACUGCACAGAAACAGGAUGAUGAUAAAAAUCCUUUUGAAGAGAAAGAUGAAAUUGAUUCUGCACAUGUUGCCAUGGAUACAGAGUUACUGGGAACAGACUGGUUACAGGAGCUGCCUGAAGACUUAGACAUGUGUAUUGCCCAGAGGGAUUUUGAAGGGGCUGUUGACCUUGUGGAAAGAGUAAAUGACCAUUUGAAGGAAUGUCAGAAGACACCUGCUGUUAAAGAGUUCAGAGCAAGGAUAGAUCACAGAGUGAAGUUGUUGACUGAGGGAUUAAUGAGUGAGUUACAGGUGUCACCAGAACGUUCCCUUAGAGGUGGUCCCCGUGCUGCACGGAGAGCAGUGGCACAGUUAAUACGCCUUGGUAAAUCAGCACAGGCAUGCGAUUUAUUCCUGAAGAAUAGAAGUGCCAUCAUCAAGUACAAUAUACGCCAGUUAAAGUUUGAAGGAGCUACCAGUCUGUAUAUACGUUGUCUAUGUGGGGUGUUCUUCUCAAGUCUUUCAGAGACUGGUUGUGAAUUUCACAAGGCAUUUCCUGAACACUAUGGGUGUUUCUCAGCAUUUAUUGUUUGGUCCAAAAUGGAACUAGAAAGUUUCAUCAAGAUAUUUAAAAGACACGUGUUUGAUAGUAAGUCCAACCUCCCUACAAUAGCAGAAUGUGUUUCCAUAGCAGCUAAACAUUGCGACGAGUUGGCAGGAGGUGGGUUAGAUGUUGGUUUCUAUCUUGCUACAACUAUAAAUGAUGAUCUUGAAAAAGUCAUAGAAGAAAAGGGGCCGGUUAUAGAAGGUGUUAAAGUGAUGGUCAGGUUACUCAGAACUGAAAGUCCGCACUAUAAGAUGAAAGUUAACGACAAGAACUCACAACUGAACAGACAGAUUAUUGCAAACCAUCUGGCUCGUUCAUGUUGGUACUGA